UUAUGACAGCCAGGUGAAUUUGUGACAGUACGUAGUACCCCCACUAAAUCCGAUGUAGAGUCCAUACUUACCGACUGAACGCGCCGCAGUUGUUUUCAUUGGCCUUGUAUAAGUGUGUGUUGAUUAUUGGCCAUAUUAAAGUUUUUAAAACAAGUAGCUAGAUCGUGUGUGUAAUUUAAAUAAAAGUAAGUAUUUUAGAAUUUUUACUUUGUUGGUGUACUUUCAUUUGUAGAGCUCCAACUGUUUCAUGUAGCCAGAAUUUAUAAUAUGUACAAAGUACGUUAUAGUUUAGGUUAUGUUGUCAUGCAUACACUGUUUAAAAAUUUCAACUAAUUAACCAGUGUCGUCACCUUAAAUAAAAGUUCGACAAAACAUGAGAUGACUUUGUGACACAAUUUAUAACAGAUUUGACAAAUAUGAGGUGAGGUUGUGACAUUGUUUUUUUACAUUUUAUUAUUAUCUUUUAGGUAAGUAGCAAUGCCCCGAAAAUACCAGAGGCUACCGGGAACUCGUCAAUACAAAAAUUAUUCUGACGCGACGUUGCAAGAAGCUCUUCACAGUAUACGAGCGAAAACACUUAGCAUACGGGAUGCUGCGGAAAGAUACGGAAUUCACCGCAAUACGCUGUUUCACAAACUCCAUAACCGACAUAGCCGUCCUUCUGGUGGACAAACAGCUCUAGAAAAGGAAGAAGAGGAGUCAAUUAUUGCACACGUAAUUGCUAUAUCAACUUUUGGUUUCCCCGUGACAGCCCAUGAUCUGCGAUAUAUUGUGAAGACAUACCUAGAUAAGAGGGGCAAGAAUGUAAAAUGUUUCAAAGAUAAUUUUCCAGGAAAAGAAUGGGUGACAUCAUUUCUGUCUAGACAUAAGAAUAUAUUGGUUAAUCGAGUUGCUACAAACAUAAGCGUUUCAAGGGCUGCAGUAAACCGUGAAACUAUAAAUAGUUUUUUCGAUAAUCUCGAAAGAGAGUUAGAGAAUGUCCCUCCAUCAAAUCUCUGGAAUUAUGAUGAGACGAAUCUUUCUGACGAUCCUGGUGCAUCUAAAGUUAUUAUACGACGAGGCACAAAGUAUCCUGAGCAAAUACGCAACUCAACAAAGGCGUGCACUUCAUUAAUGCUGGCUGGAAAUGCAGCUGGAAAAGUUGCACCAGUUUAUGUUGUAUACAAGUCUGAAAAACUGUGGCAAACUUGGAUGGAGAAUGGACCUGAAAAUGCUAGGUACAGCAGAAGCAGAUCCGGCUGGUUUGAUUACCAAUGCUUCGAAGAUUGGUUUGUUAACCUGAUGCUGCCAAUACUUAAAAGACAAGAAGGCAAAAAAGUCCUGCUAGGUGACAAUUUGAGUUCACAUUUGAAUAUCGAAGUGAUUAGACAGUGUGAAAACAACAAUAUAUCCCUUAUAGCAUUGCCUCCACAUGCAACAUACCUUUUGCAACCAUUAGACGUUGCUUUCUUUCGGCCAAUGAAAGGUAGGUGGAGAGCAAUUCUACAUGAAUGGAAAGACAGUAUGAUUGGUAGCAGAUGUGGAACAAUACCAAAAGACCAAUUUCCAGCUUUGUUAAAGAAAUUGAUGGUCUCCAUGAAUGACAGGGGAGCUGUGGGAGAAGAAGAUGCCACCACUGUGAUAGAGAAAGAUGCCGCCGCUGUGGAAGAAGAAGAGGCCACCACUGUAGGAGAGAAAGAUGCCACCGCUGUAGCAAAGGAAGAAGUAGAUAAGCCAAAUAUAGCGGACUACGUCAUUAUCCAAUACGAGGGGUCUAUGUUUCCAGGAGUGGUCACUGGAGUGGAAAAGCAAGGUGUGAAUGUCAGCUCCAUGGAGAAAUGUGGAAGAUUUUGGAAGUGGCCAGACCGGGAAGACCAGCUUAUGUACGAAUUUGCUGAUGUUAUACAAGCAUGCUAUGGCAUGCUGGACGAGCCAUACAGUCUGUAGUCAACACCCCGAA